UUUCAAGUAUGAAACACUUUUAAUUUUCGAAAGUGGAGGACGAAAAAUGAUGAAAUGUUAGAGUUUAGAUAUUAUUUUUCAAUCUAAAUCUUUAAGAACUUAUUACGUGUUAUCGGUACAAUAUUCGUUUAAGGACAUGCCUACUUUCAUAACCGCCGUUAACCGAUGGCACGGAUCAAGUGCCAUACGUUUCAAUACCGUUUAUGAACGCGAUUCCACAUUGCGUCUGGUUGAUUACUUCAGUUGAUAACAUUUAUACGACAAUAUGUCCGUCGUAGAUUUUUCGAUAUUGUCACUGUGCAUGAUCUCUAUCAGUCAACGUAGCGCAUCGUCCGCUCACAUGAGCGUGGACUCUUCGGGCAAUAAGAAAACUCGAUCAAAGGAUAUCAACGGUGGUUUUUGGGAUCCACUGGGUCUACCAACAGAGUUUGACGCACGGAAAAAAUGGUACAAGUGUCCGUCCAUCGGUCAGGUUUAUGACCAAGGCAACUGUAAGUCGAGCUAUGCCAUUUCUGUGGCGUCUGCUGUGAGCGACCGGAUUUGCAUCCAUUCAGAUGGGUUGGAGAAACCAAAACUCUCAGCUCAACACAUAUUGGCCUGCUGUUACAUUUGCGGAAGUGGUUGCAACGGUGGACGUCAUUACGAGUCAUGGGACUUCUACAGGAGACAUGGCUUCGUGUCCGGAGGUGGUUACGGUUCGGACGAGGGAUGCCAGCCGUAUACGAUUGAACCUUGUCAACACGAGGAGAACGCGAUGGAAAAUGCAUGCUCGAAUAAAACACUAUACACGCCCGAGUGCAAGGUAUCGUGUUAUAACCAAAAAUUUGGGACCAGAUACGUAAAAGACAACCAUCGAGGUUCUUAUUAUCAAGUGCCGGGAUACAUGGCGAUGAAAGAAAUCUACGAAAAAGGUCCCAUAACAGCGUCGUUCUACAUGUUUCAUGAUUUUAUGGAUUAUAAAUCGGGAGUGUAUUCGUACAAGACCGGAAAAUUUAUAACCGUCCAAGCAGUUAAAAUUAUAGGCUGGGGAGAAGAGAACGGAACACCAUACUGGUUGGCGAUCAAUUCGUUCAAUACGUACUGGGGUGAAAAUGGUCUUUUCAAAAUCCGUCGAGGUGCGAACGAAUGUUAUAUCGAAGAGAGCAUGUAUGCAGGAUUACCACUGUACAUCAAUCACAUGACGACUUCGAUCAGUAGUUUUAAGUUUUUUAUCAACAAUAGCGAACCUUUUAUCGUAGAAUAUCAUUUACCAAGUACUCGAGUACCGAUUCAACCAUGGAGUGCAAUAUACAUGACAUUGGCAACUCCUGCGGUAACGAUAUCUUCAGUUCACGAUAUAAUGAGUGUACUAGCACCAAGUCUAGUCCCACCGGUCAAGAUGAAUUGUGUUGUCUCGUUAUUAUUUGUUUCCAGCUUAUGGAUAACGUGCGACGCAGAUCAGAAAUUGCACAAAAUCAUCACCCACGUCAAUAGCGCCAAUAUAACGUGGAAGGCUGGAAUCAAUAAUUUUCAUACGAACGAUUACAAGAAACUAGUGGGAACGUUUCAUUACCAAAACUUAAAUGGGCCAGUAUUAGAUCCGUACGAUAGCGACGUAUUUGGCGACGGCGCGAACGCACACGACUGCGACACCGAACGCGAAGAUAAUGAAUCCAAUAUACAAGAAACGUUCGACUCCAGGUACCACUGGUUCAAUUGCACAUCCAUCUCGCACAUCUGGAACCAAGGAGAUUGUGCGGCCGAUUGGGCGAUAUCCGUCACAUCAGUAAUGAACGAUCGUAUAUGCAUCGCAUCCCAAGGUAAAAUAAAAGAACUUUAUUCGGCACAAAAACUGAUAUCCUGUUGCGAAGAUUGCGGUAAUGGAUGCAACGGGGGAUAUACCGCGGCCGCAUGGCAAUACGUGAAGAAAAGAGGAAUUGUCACUGGAGGAGAUUACGGAAGUGAUGAGGGUUGUCAACCGUGGCUCAUGCCACCAUGUAACUUGUCGACUACGGAACACGCGAGCACGGUGAUGGGACCCCGUGGUCUGUGCGGUAACGCGAGCCAAGAGCGACCAAAGACUCCGAAAUGCGAUCUGAGUUGCUACAAUUCCCAGUACAAGGGCUCUUACUUGAACGACAUCAUCAAAGCUCGGAAAACGUAUACGUUCACCGGAUGUACGGCAAGAAAAAUGUUGAGGAAACACGGUCCAUAUGUGGCCACGAUGCGAGUCUACGAAGAUUUCUUAACCUACAAGUCGGGUAUUUACCAACACGUUACCGGAGAUUACCUGGGUAUGUUGUCGGUACGAAUGAUCGGUUGGGGCUUAUACCAAGGACAAGCAUACUGGCUAUUAGCCAACUCCUGGGGAACUUCUUGGGGAGAAAAUGGAUUUUUCAAAAUAAGACGUUUCGUUAACGAGUGUUGGAUUGAAAAUUUCAGAUACGCCGGUGAUCCAGAUUUGUCAAAAAAAUUAUAAUUAUAGCAGAUUGUAAGAAGCGAUAUUAUUUUAAUAGUAUAUACAAGACAUUUUGUUAUGUAUUUGGUUUGUACCUAAAGGACUAUAAAAUAUAUAUAUAUAUAUAAUGUUUUAA